AUGGAGAAAGUAAAGAUAUUAAAAGAAUACCUUGAAAAUAAUAAUUAUACAAUUAUUAAAGAGCAAGUUGGACAAUUAGUAAAAGAUGUUCAUGAAGUUGGUAGAAUUCUUUAUUAUUUAGAAUUGGAUACUAUUUUAAUAGAAGGUGAUAAUAUUUUAAAAAACAAUGAUGAUAGUCUUAUUCAAGAAAUUCCAAGGUUAACAUAUCAUAGUUCUUGGUUUCCAAAUGGUAAAUUGAUUUUAAAUAAACUUGCAAAUCUUCCAACACCAGGUAUUGUGUUGUCACAAUUUUGUAAUAUUUUCAAAAUAACUCUAAGAGAAUUAAAUUCUGUAAAAGAGAAAGACGAGGAAUCAAAUACUGAAUCAGUUUUACAUUUAAUUGUAAAUUCGAAUAAUACCAAAACCGAUAUGAAAAUCGAUCAAAUUAGAGAAUUAGUAAUGAUUGGAACAAAUAUUAAUAUCAUGGAGUAUAAUGGUAUUGAACAAUACACAAUUUUAGAUUGUGCGGCAUCAAAAAAGAAUAUAGAAUUAUUUAAAGCGUUAAUUGAUAUGGGUGCAGGUGAAAACGCUGCUCGUUCAAAUAAUUUCCAAUUUUAUAAAGAAUUAUCAUAUGAAACUAAAAUACAUAUUAAACCAUACAUGAAGAAAUUAUUACAAAGAAAUUUAAUGGUAUAUAAUAAACUUUGUUUUGAACAAUUAUUCCCAAAUAUUAAUUAUAAAAUUAAAACUGCAUCAUAUGGUAUUAGAUCAAUUACCCAUAAUCAAUUCAAAUUAUUAUUUUCUGACAAUAAUAAUUUUCCAUUUGGUAGUACAACAACAACAACAACAACUUCUACGAAUACAAAUAAUAAAUUAAAAUUAAUUGAAGAUGAAAAAUUAGGUUUAGCUAUGAUAGUUGAAUUUGAACCAAAAUUUCCAACAAUUGAUAAACUAAAAAAUAGAUUAAUUCAAGGAAUUUUAGGACUUGAUAUUUUCUUGGAAUCAGAGUUUUCAUUAAUUAAAUUUAAUAAAACAACUAUUUACCCAAUUUUAAUUAAAGAGCAUCAAGGUAGUACCAAAAAUAAUUUAAUUUUACAUGAUUUAAUUUUAUCCAAUGAUACAGAUAAAUUGAAUAAUUUAGAUUCUUCAAGUAUUUCAAAAUUAAUUGUUUCCUCAAUUGUAGUUAAUCCAAGUGGCGGAACAUUAUCUGAUUUUAUAGUUUCACUAAUUGGUGAUGAAAAUAAUAAACAUGCUCAAAAAUAUAAAUUAAUUCCAAUUAAUACAGGUUCAGCAUUUUCAGCAGCUGAUAAGGUUGGUACAUUUUUAUACUUUUUAAAAGAAAUGAAUGAUACAGUUCAUUCUGAUGUUAUAGAUAAAAUUGAAAAAUUAGAUGUACAUGAGUUCUUAUCAAAAUGGUUUGGCGCAAUUCCCACUUAUAAUUUAUUAUCACAAAAUUUAGUUUCAAAUAAGAAAAUAUAUAAUAUUGAGCAAGGACAAAAUGAAUACUAUGUUGGUGCUCAAUUUCAACCAGAUGAAAUAAGAUCUUUAUAUUCAAAAUUAUUUAAAUUAAAGAGUUCAUUAUUAAAGAAAAGAAAAAAACCAAUCACUCAUUGGAAAUUAUUAGAAAUACUUGAACCUAUAACCUAUUACAUAUAUAAAAAACAUAUUGAAAAAACAUCAAAUCAAUCACUUAUCAAAAGGUGUGAAGAAUUCUACCAAAAACAAAAUGUUCUACCACAACUAAGGAAUUAUAACCCAAAUUUACAAGUUGAUUAUCAGAUGGAAAUAGAUAAAAUCAAAAAUGAAGAAAAUUUAAUUAAGAAUUUAAAAUCAAAAUUUCCACAAAAUUUAGAAAAUAAGUUUUUAUUUAAUCAAUUAACUUAUAUAAAUGCUGAAAAGUUAUUUAAAUCUUUAGAUUUUUCAAAAUUAUCAAAAGAUCAAUUCCCAAAUUAUAUAAAGAAUUUAUUUGAAAAUCAAGAUGAAAUUAGAAAAUUCCAAAUUUUAAAUUGUAAAUUUUUUACAACAGAUAAUUUAUUAAAUUCAAAAUUUUUAAAUAGUAUUACAAAGUUAUCAAUAGUAAAUUGUUCAUCUUUCAAAGGAUUACAUGGAAAAUCUACAUAUUUAUUUGCCAAACUAUCAACUUCUUCGGAAUUUUUGAAAUUGAAAUCAUUGGUUGAAUUGAAAAUUAUAGGUUGUAAAGAAUUUAUAACUUUAAAAAUUGAUACACCAAAUUUAAAAUAUCUAUCAACUCGCAAUUGUCCAAAUUUAUCUGAUUUUGAUGUUAAAUCACCAAAAUUAAAGAAAUUAGAAAUUCAAGGUAAUAUGGUGGAUUUAAGAAAUUGGGAAUUCCUUGAAAUUUUAAUAGCAAAUAAUGUAACGGCAAUUGAAAAAAUUAAAAUUUCAAAUAAUAAAAAGUUAAAAGUUUUAGAUUUAGAUGGUUGUUCUUCAUUAUCAAAAAUUUCAAGUGAUUGUUGUUGUAAUGUUUUAGAAACAUUAAAAACGAAUAAUACAAUUAUUAAAAAUGAUAAUACUCAACUAUUAACAGAAUUAAAUAAUAGUAAAACGAUAUUUAUCUAUGGUGAUUGUAAUACUAAAAAUCAAUUAAAAUCAAUAAUUAUUAAAAAAACACAACAAUAUUUAAUUAUAAAUGAAAAACUUUAUAAAUUAAAAUUUGAAUGUGAAAAUUAUGAUAAUCAAACUAUUCCAAAAUCAAAUGAUUCAAUCUUAUUUUUAAUUGAUGAAAGCAUUCCAAUAAUUGAUGCCAAAAAUCAAAUUUUUAAACUAACAAAAGAAAUCAAUCAAUCAUCAAUUGUUAAUGUAAUCUAUUUUGGUAAUGAUCAAUCAUAUAUAAUGGUAUUAGAUAGUGAGGAAGUAAAAGGUGAACCUAAAAUAAAUAUUACUAAAUUCAGUGAAAAAUAUGGUAAAUACAAAAUUCAAUGCUUAAAAGAAAUUAUCGAGUGUUUCCUAAAUAAAAAACAAUUUCAACAACAAUGUAUAAAUAUUGAACAAACUUUAACUGGAAAAAUAGAUAAAGAAUUAAAUGAAAUUUAUUCAUCAUUUGAAUUAAAUGAAUUAAAAGUUGUUGAAAUACUUAAUAAAUUAGAAGGUUGGGAUUACAAUGAACUUUUUAAAUUUUUAAAUAUUAAAAUUAAUAAUAUUAAUAUUAAAAUUAAUAGUAAUAAUAAUAACAAUUUAAUUAUAAACUUAAAGAAAUUUUAUUUCAUUUGUAAAAUUCAAGAUGGUGAUAAAGUUGAUUUUUCAAAAAUAUUAAAAGAAUUAGAUAGACAAUUCCCUCAAAUAAAUAAUGAAGUACUAAAGUGUAGUGAAAAUGAAGGAUUAAUUAAUUUUCAAUUCACAUCUACAAUAUUAUUAACUAGAAUAAUUGAAUCAGGUUGUUUAUCAUCAUUUUAUUGGUUUGUUAAAAGAAAUCCUUUACUUUUGGAUGACAUUUCUUUAGAUGUUGAUAAAGAAUUUCAGCGUGAUGGAAGUCCAAUCUGUUUCUUGGUUAGAUAUAAUUGUAUGGAAAUAAUUAGAUGGUUAAAACGAAAUGGUUAUUUAAAUGAAUUAAUGUUAAAAGCAGCAAUAUUGAAAUCAUGUAGUCUUGGUAAAAUGAAAAUAACUCAACUUUUAUUAGAUUUAGGUGCAGACUAUACCUUUAUAUAUAGUGAUGAAGAUAAUUUACCAUUAUCACCAAUUUUCUUUGCUUUAAAUAGUAAUAAUAAAGCAUUGGUAAUAUUACUAGUUGAAAAGUCAAAAGAAAAUGGUGAUCCAUUAUUUAAAUUAAAAAAUUCAAGAGGGGAAUUAAUCACUCUAACCUCAAAAAAUCCUGAAAUUAAUCAAUACAUUUCUUUACAACAAAAUAAUUUUAAUAGAAAUAAAAAUAUUUAA